AGAAUCUGAGCCUGCCGCAUGUCUCAUAUUCAUUUGGACUUGUCCCAGCCACUCCGGUCUCACUAGAAAUCCUCGAGCAGAGGACACAGGCUUCAGGCCUCAGGACUGAACGAGCCCCCGUGCCCGCCAUGGACGUCGUCGAAAAGGCGAAUGCUGAAAAGCAGAAACGAUGGAUGAAGGACCAGAAGGUCGGCGAGGGUGCUUAUGCCGUUGUCUACCGCGGACGCGACUCGCUGUCGGCACGCAAAGUUGCCAUCAAGAAGAUCAAGGUUGGACUGUUCAAGGAUGGGCUGGAUAUGUCUGCUAUUCGGGAGGUCAAAUACCUUCGCGAGCUGAAGCACCAGAACAUUAUUGAACUUGUGGACGUGUUUUCCUCGAAGAAAAACCUCAACCUUGUGCUCGAGUUCUUGGACAGUGAUCUUGAAAUGAUCAUUAGGGACCGUUCACUGGUCUUUCUACCUGCGGACAUCAAGGCAUGGAUGGCAAUGACCUUCCGCGGGCUCGAGUUUUGCCACCGAAAUUGCAUAUUGCAUCGGGACCUAAAACCAAACAACUUGUUGAUAGCUUCAGAUGGUCAGCUCAAGAUUGCCGAUUUCGGUCUCGCUCGCGACUUUGCAGAUCCAGGGUACAAAAUGACUUGUCAGGUCAUCACAAGAUGGUAUCGACCUCCAGAACUGCUCUUUGGCUGCCGAUACUACAGCACGAGUGCAGACGUAUGGUCCGUAGGAUGCAUAUUCGCUGAGCUGAUGCUUAGGACGCCAUACCUUCCCGGAGAAUCAGACAUGGACCAGCUAAAGACAAUAUUCCGUGCACUUGGAACACCGACGGAGGACGACUGGCCGGGGCACACAAAACUGCCCGAUUACGUGCCAGUGGGCCAGUUCCCCAAAACUCCCCUGCGCGAACUCUUCACAGCCGCAUCGGUCGAUACGCUCAACCUGCUCGGAAAAUGCCUCAUUUAUGAACCCCGGAAACGGAUAACAGCCCGAGACGCCCUUAACCACUCGUAUUUCUUUGCACUCCCGUACCCCACCCAUCCCUCGAAGCUUCCCAAGCCCGCAUCAUCAGUACAGUCUUCCAGGCCACUGGAGGAAGUCGACGGCAAUGUUGACCAGAACGCACCCGGGCCUGCGGUCAAGGCACUAUCGGUGAACAAGCUCAAGCGCAAGCUGACCUCGCCAGACGAGCUUACUGGGCGUCCAUUGGCACGGAGACUCGAUUUCACCGCCCAUACACGCUCUUAGAACCUCGCGGAAUGCGUUUCGGUACCAUGGGCACUCACAACGGUUUUCGAGUUUCCGGGCGCCUUGCUCUCGCUUUAUUUCUGACAAGAUUUCCGAUCUCAUUGCUAUCUGUAAUCUAUGUUUUAUGCAUUUGCUGUGAC